AUGGAACCAUGUCAAGAACACAAUCAAGAUAUGUUAUCUAUAUUGUAUAUUACUUCAAAUUUUAGGAGAAGUUGUUGGGUUUGUUUUGCUACUGAUGAAGACGAUUUAACAGCUAAGUGGACUAGACCAUGUCGGUGUAGAGGAACCACUAAGUGGGUGCAUCAAGGCUGUCUCCAGCGAUGGAUAGAUGAGAAACAAAAAGGCAACAGCACAGCAAAAGUCUCUUGUCCACAGUGUAAUACAGAAUAUAUUAUUGUGUAUCCAGGAAUAGGUUCCUUUGUUAGUUUCUUAGAUAUAGUUGAUAAACUUAUUUACAAAGUUUGCCCAUUUGCUGCAGCUGGUGUUGUAGUGGGCUCGGUGUACUGGUCUGCUGUAACUUAUGGCGCUGUUACAAUAAUGCAGGUUUUAGGGCACAAGGAAGGCCUUGACGUAAUGGAGCGUGCAGAUCCGUUAUUUCUCCUCAUUGGACUCCCGACAAUUCCUGUCAUGCUGAUACUCAGUAAAAUGCUCCGAUGGGAAGAUUAUGUGUUGAAAAUUUGGCGCAAGUACUCGCCGAAGCUCCCCAUCUGGAAAUACUUUGGCGGUGGAUGGAAUCAAGCCUGUGACCUGUUGCCAAGAAUACCGGCUGAUACUCAACCAAUGUCCGACCCGUUAUCAGCUACGAGAGUGUUGUGUGGCGCUCUCAUUUUCCCCACAGUAUCAACAAUCACUGGAAAAUUACUAUUUGGCACGUUAAAUUCAAACUUACAAAGAACUAUUUUGGGUGGCAUUGCAUUUGUGACUAUUAAAGGAGCUCUGAAGCUUUUCUUCAAACAACAGCAAUAUUUAAGGCAAGCUCAUCGAGAGAUAAAAGAUUACGAUGGUGAAGAGAGCUCAUCCGCAACAAAAGCACCAGAAGUGUCAGUAGUAGAAGAGUAGAGUGCCUAACUGCAAGCUCAUCUUAUCUCCAAUUCAUGCGAGACAAAAGUGUUACACAUAUGUGGUUGCGAGUUCAGCAUCGUCUUCACACGAGCAAUUUCAAACCUUGCUAGAAAUUGGUACAAUUAAGUAAAGGCCUUGUAAUUGUUUACAAUAUAACUACGCCUAGGGUCUAGUCCUCUUUCUGGGCUAUGAUUAUAUUCAUAAUUUAUCCAAAAGAAAGAUAUAUUUGAAUUUCACUAAUAAUAUUUUACUAUAGUAGCUAUGUUUAACAAAUAAGUUUUUUUAAUAUAUAAGUAGCUUAGCAGACAUUAGGAAGCUUUCGAUUGAGAAUGAAGAACGAGAAUGUAGAAUGAAUUCAUUUAUCCGUGUGCAUUCUAUUUUCUACUGUAAAUCAAUACUGAUUUUUGAUGACCGAUACGUGGAGCAGUGUACUUAAUACAGUACAGUCCUCGAAAACCGUUGCAAACUUCGGGAGAGAAUGUAACGCCCAACAUUAGGACAUGCGCAAAUAAAUUAACAUGACGGUACGUUUUACGUCCUACAUCAUCGAAUGCUCCCUAUUAUAAUAAUAAUAAUAAUAAUAUUUAUUGACAUUACACUUUUACAUCAGUGGCAGCACACAAGAAAGUGGCGCAGUCAAGCUUAAACUAAUGAACAAAGAACAACAACUUAAAGCUAAACAAAUGAAAGAACUUAUGAACAAAGAGUAAAACAACAACUUAAAGCUAAACAAAUGAAUUGAUGAUACCACAGAGAAAGGUAAAUUCCUUGUAGUGUUGUAGACCUCGGCGAUGUCAGUUUUCUUACAUAGAUAUUCCACAAAUUUGCCUUCAAAUAAAUAAAUACGAUAAGACAGAGAUGUAUGUGUUAUGUGUAACAUUUUGCCUUGCUUGAAUUGGGUAUUAAAGGAACAUUCCUACUAAAUUGCAUCAUUGCUGUGUAUAAUUUUCAUUAUUGAAUAGCAAGUCCAAGAAGGUUUCAUUUUCAACAAGUGAGUGCAAAUUGUGGCAUGGACACACGCAAAUGCUCCUUUAAAUUUAAUCUUAUACACAAAUGUAAUUUUAUUUAUAAUACUUUGUUGUAAGAAAUUAUCGUUACUAUACAUAAUCUAAAGUAUAAUUGUAGACCACAAUUAGGAAGAUUUCAGUAAAAGCUCUAUUAGAUUUUUGAAAUUUGUGGUUGAUUUCGUUUCUUAAUAAUUUGAAUAUGUGUAAGAAAAGUAUUGCUAAUUAUUUUAGUGUAAUGUAACUAACAACACAGUGUGUUGAUAAUAUAAAUAUUGAAUUGUAUUAUGAUGAUGUACAUAUUGAUAAAAUGCAUAAUUCAUUAAUAUUUACAUGCAUAUUCAUUGUUUUCAUAGAUUUGUGUGGUAUUUUCAGCAACUUACUGUAGUCCAUUUAAUAUUGAUUGUUGUUAUUGUUGAUUCUUUUAGUUAGAAGUAUUUAGCAUCUUUAAUGUAUAUCUUGUUUACCCUCUGUACAUCAAAUGACCGACAACGGUGAGAUUUACCAUUUGUGGCGCCAUAAAACACUCUUGAAAUUAGUUAUUUGACAGCAAUAACAGUUGUAGGCAAUCAAAAGCGACAUAAACACUUAGGGCAACUACGGUAGUACUUGCACCUAGUCACUUGCAGUUUUGCGUUAUUGCGCGAUAGUGGGUGAAUUUUACAAUAGCAUUACAGGCAACUAGUUGAGUUGAGUGGCAUAAUCUUAGCGUUAGGGAACUUAAUUUCAAUGUAUUAAAAUCCAAGGUGAGAAGGUUUUGAAUGUCAUAUGAAUUAAGUAAACACUAAAUGAUUUGUUAAGCUGUCCACACUAUCAAAAAGCUGUUGUAUGCCCAUAUAUACUCAUGAUGUGUCUGUGUAAGGUGAUGAUGUGAUGUCAUCAUGACCAUAUAUGGACAUGUCACAUGUUUUUGUCUUAUAACAUUUCAUAGUCUAGACAGGGCUUUAGAUUUUGCCAUAAAAAUUCUGUAUAUAUUUUAUAAACGCCAAAAUUAAUUUAGUUUUUUUAAUUUGGAGUUGGAUCACUCUGCUCCUCAGAUCACUCUGGAUAACCCUUUGCAUGAGGGAAAGGGACAAUGUAUCUGUAUGUCGGUACAGGCACUGCACUGCGGUUGUCAUGGAUCCCCAGGUGGCCCAGCCAAAAUGUCAAAUUUCAAAUAUUUGGAAUUGGACAUAAAAAGAAAAAUUUAAUCUUUUUUUAAAUUUUAAUAAGCAAGUAAAUAAAUCUUAUUAUGGUAUGUAAAACCUCAUGUUGUUUUUUUUCCCUCCAACUAUUAUAAUAUAGUAUACUAUCAGAGUUUGACCUUUCAUUGGCCUCUGCCUAAUAUAUACAUGCAUAGACCUAUGUACAUACAGUAUACAAAAACUACAGAAAUGGUGUUUUUUUUGUUUUUGUUUUUGUUUUUUUUUUUACAACCAUAAUAUUCUUGAAAGGUAUACUGUAACUAGUAUGAUUUCGAGGGAUGAUUUGCUGUUUAAUGGAUUUUUGUCAUUUUUAAAAUUCCAUCUGUGCAACUUUUUUGUGUGGUUUAUGUUUUAUUUCACUGUCAACUUUUUGGCCAAUCCUUUCACAGUAAAGUUUUUCUUAUAUUUGCUUUCAUUUAUGAUCGUGUUCUGAUUUAUAAUAUUUUAUCAAAAUAACUGAUAAGAUAUAUUACACAAGAAAAUCUUCUUAGACCAUGUACCCUAUUUUCGGCCGAGCACCACCUGUCUAACAUACCACACUUAUAUUUUGAUCGUUAAUGUUAUUAAUGACAUUUUAAAAUUUCUGUCUAAGUACCUUCAGUAUUAUAAACCGAUCUAUUUACAGUGAUUAUCAUUUUGAAUGGUUAAUUCAAUAAUCGAUCGAUUGAUUGAUUGAUUGAUUGAAUAAUGACAGUUGACUGGACGUUUGCUGUCGAGGGCCGCCAAUAGGAAAAACUGUAACAGAGACAAGGAAUUGGUGUGGGCCCCCAGCUACACGCGUGAAGCGCGGGAAAAUUUGCGUAGAAGGCACAAAAAAAUUAUUUUGAGGGGGCCCUGUCAUAAAUCUGGAGGGGCCCAUUAUUAGAGGACCCAUGCCAUUAUUGAGGGCCCAUGAUAGUAAUUAUUAUUUUUGAAAAAAAUAUGAACAAAAAAAUGCUACCUACAAUUUCUAUUGGGCCCCUGGUAAGCUUGGGCCCCGGGGACCCCCUUCCCCUCUUGGUGCAGUGGCAUAUCUAGUAUCUAGGGGUGCACCCCUCCAAAAAUUACUCGCACCCCCUCCCAAAAAGUCAUGGUCCAAGUAGUAAAAAAUCACAUAAAAUCACCUUAU